AAUAUAAAUUCUCACCCGCUCAACACAGACCAAUUCCAACUUCAGAUUCUCAAGCCUUUGCGUUAUCGAACCGUACAAUCGUUUUCCUUCCCUCCCAGAUUUCUUCUCUUCCAAUCCUCGCAAAUGGUGUUAGGAUGGAGUCGAAGGAAGAACAAGAACAGGAAGCUCAACUUGGAGCUUGUUACUCCAAACCAUUUCGUUUGUCCUGUUUCUCUUGAUCUGAUGAAAGACCCCGUCACGUUAUCAUCUGGAAUCACCUACGAUCGUGCCAGCAUCGAGCGGUGGCUCGAAGAUGGGAAUUUCACGUGCCCUGUAACGAAUCAGAUUCUCUCCAGCUUUGAUCUCCUUCCCAAUCACUCGCUUAGGGCUAUGAUUCAGGAUUGGUGCGUUGAGAAUCGUCGAUUUGGGAUCGAGAGAAUUCCGACUCCCAGAAUACCUGUUACUCCAACCCAAGUCGAAGAGAUUGUUCUUCAUCUUCACGCCUCGGCGUCUUGUUUGGAUCGGUAUGGUUUUCUACAAGGUGUGCAGAGAAUCAAGGUAUGGGGUUCAGAGAGCGAGAGAAACAGAAGGUGCAUUGUGGACAAUGGUACUCCUAGCGUCUUAGCCUCUGCGUUUCGUGAAUUUGCGAAUGAUUCCGUUGAGGAAAAUGGGAGUUUGCUGGAGGAGAUUUUGAAUGCCCUAAAUUGGAUGCUUCCGCUUCAAUUCGAAGCCCAGAAAAUUUUGCAUUCUUCAGAUGCCCUGCGUUGCUUGGUUUGGUUCCUCAAGAAUCAAGAUCUUUCCGGAAAACAGAAUGCCAUCGUUGCUUUGAGAGAGAUCCUUUCUUCUGGUAAUGAACAGACUUUUGAGACUAUGACAGAAAUCGAAGGGACCAUUGAUCUAUUAGCGGAGUUCAUUAACAAGAGAAUAAACCCAGCAAUCACGAAAGCUUCAAUGGGGAUUGUUUAUUACUUGGUUUCAUCUUCUUAUCCAUCAAGUGAGAAGGUGAAGCUGGAAUUUAUUGGCCUGGGUUUGAUCUCUUCACUUCUGGAGAUCCUAAUUGACGCAGACAAGAGCCUAUCUGAGAAAGCCUUGGGUGUUUUUGAUUCACUCUGUGACUGUCAAAAAGGAAGAGAAAGGGCUUUCAGUAAUGCUCUAACAGUUCCUGUAUUGGUGAAGAAGAUCUUAAGAGCUUCUGCUUUGGCCACAGAUCACUGUGUGUCUGCAAUCUGGAAGUUAUGCAGAUAUGGAUCCAAAGAUGAUGAUGAAGACGAAGUAGAAGAAGCUCUGGUUGAAGCACUUCAAGUUGGUGCGUUUCAGAAGCUGUUAGUAGUAUUGCAGGUUGGUUGUGGUGAUGAAACGAAGGAGAAAGCAACAGAGCUUCUGAAAUUGUUCAAUCCUUAUAGGGCUGGCUUGGAAUGCAUGGACUCAGAUUUCAAGAAUGUCAAGAGAUCAUUUUGAAACUCAAAUUCUUUUUGAGAUUUUGGCACACAUUAAUUUACUUCCAUAGAGUUAGAACUUAGAAGAGAUAGGGCAAGUGUCAUGCAUAGGGUUAAAAGAAUCCAUACAAGCAGAUAGGAUAUUCAUUUUGUACAUUACAGUAAAAUUAAGAUCAUACUUGCAUACAAUAGUUUCUGUGUCCUUUGUGAUUUUAUGCACCGGUUACUUGGAAGGCAAAGAAAUGUUGGAAAGAAUUAAAGCUUAUGGUAUACUUUGGUGUUUGUGGU